AUGCGUGACCUCUUGGGCAGCACCGCAGUCGACAACUCCCUCCUCCGUAUCAUCUGGCUUCAGCGUCUACCCUCACUUGCGCAGGCCAUCCUCCAAGUGCAGCCGAAUCUGCCGCUGGACCAGCUCUCUCACAUCGCUGAUCAAGUCGUCGAAAUUUUCUUGCCAGCAUCGCCUCUCACCGUCAACGCCGUUGACACCCGACAAUGCAGCAGCGAGCUCGCGCACCGUGUCAACGAAAUCACCCGUCAGCUGGACUCCCUUCAAAGGCACAUGGAUCAAAGCCCAAAGCUGCGUCCACAAAAACGCUCCCAAAACCAAGACAACAACGCCGCUUCAUCGCACGGAAAUGCUAACGGCCCCUGCUACUACCAUCGCCGCUUCGGGGACAAAGCCCGGAAAUGUCAACCACCUUGCUCAGCUGGACGUCAGGGAAAUUUCAACGGCAGCCCGUAG